AUGUCCAAGUCGCGCAUGCCUCUCAUCCUCGGCCUCGGUGCCGCAGGCGGCGUCGGGUACUACCUGUACAGUGCUGGAGGCAGCCCCAAGGCCGCCGAAAACAAGUUCGAGAGCGACGUUCACAAGGCCUCUGCCAAGGUCAAGGACGCCCUUCCUGGUAGCAGUUCGAUAUAUGAGAAGGAGGGUAAGGCCUAUGGCGCCGAGGCUGGUGCCAAGAUUGACAAAGCGUUGUCCGAGGCCGACAGAAAAGCGGAAAAAGUGAAAAGCCAGACGGAAGCAUAUGUCAAAGACGCCAAGGCGGAGGCCAUCAAGGCCGUGGACAAGUUUGACAAGACGGUGGAGGACGGCGCUGCCAAGGCUAAGAGCGGCAUCUCAGGAUGGUUUGGAGGCGGUAGCAAGUAA